AUGGCUCUACCUCCCAAAUGGUAUCAGUUCCUCGUCGGCGUCUUCGCCUCGCUUGGCUCAUACUUGUACGGCUACGACCUGGGUGUCAUUGCAGAAGUCGUGGCCAGCAGCACCUUCAAGGCCAAAUUCGCGGCAGAUGACACCCAGACAGGUCUGGUCGUCUCCAUGUUCACCACGGGGGCCUUCUUCGGGGCGGCCCUGGCUGGACCCAGUGGCGACUAUCUCGGUCGUCGAUGGACCAUUGUCCUGGGAUCAAUCAUCUUUUGUCUGGGUGGUGGCUUGCAGACUGGCGCACAGAACAUCAGCUACCUCUGGUCAGGCCGGUUCCUAGCCGGACUAGGCGUCGGAUUUCUCGUCAUGAUUGUUCCUCUAUACCAAGCUGAGCUAGCUCAUCCCAGCAUUCGAGGGCGCAUCACGGCCCUGCAGCAGUUCAUGCUUGGUGUGGGUGCGCUGGUGGCUUCGUGGAUUUCGUGGGCGACAUUUGUCCAUAUUCCAAACAGCAGCGCCCAAUGGCGAGUUCCGCUCGGUCUCCAAGUUAUCCCUGCCGUCUUUCUGGGCCUUUUGAUCUUCUUGUUCCCAGAGUCUCCCAGAUGGCUCAUGGACCACGACCGACCGGACCAAGCUCUGAAGGUCUUGGCCCAGCUUCACUCCCACGGCGACGAAAGGGAUCCCUGGGUGAUUGCCGAGUACGAACAAGUGCAGACUUCGAUUGCGCACGAGCACCAGUACGAGGCGAAGUCGUAUCUCGAACUGUUCCGGUCUCGAUCGGCCUUCCGCCGGCUCUUCCUCUGCUGUGCACUGCAAGCCAGCAUCCAGAUGACGGGCGUCUCGGCGAUCCAGUACUUUUCGGUCGAAAUCUACGGCCAGAUCGGCAUCUCCGGCAACGACACGCUCAAGUACCAGGGCAUCAACAGCAUCAUCGCCCUGGUGGCGCAGUUCCUGUGCAUCCUGUGCAUCGACCACACGGGCCGUCGCUGGCCCCUGAUCUACGGUAACCUCGGCAACAUGGUCACCUUCAUCGUCGCCACCAUCCUACUGGCAAAGUUCCCUCCUGGGGUAUCGACCAACAAGGGCGCUCAGUGGGGGUUCAUCAUCAUGACCUGGCUGUACAACUUUUCCUUUAGCGCGACGUGCGGGCCGUUGUCGUGGAUCAUUCCGGCCGAGGUGUUUGAUACGAGGACUCGAAGCAAAGGCGUGAGCAUCGCCACCAUGACCAGCUUUGCCUUUAACACGAUGAUUGGCCAAGUCACCCCCAUCGCCAUGACCAACAUCGGCUACCGGUUCUACUACCUCUUCAUCGUGUGCAACCUGACCAACGCCAUCUUCUUCUGGCUGCUGCUCCCCGAAACCGCCCGCCGCCCGCUCGAGGAGAUGAAUUACCUGUUUGAGCACGCGCCGUGGAUCGUCGUCGGCACCACCAGGGACAGCUACGCCAGCCACGAUCUGGAGAAUCGCCUGCACGAGAUCGCGGCCGAGGCUGAGGUCAAGAGGGCGGGUGGUGUCGGGGUUGAGGUGUUGCAUGAAGAGAAGGUUUCACGGCCGCAAUCAUAA